AUGGGUGGAGCUGUCAGUGCCGGUGAGGACAAUGACGACUUGAUUGACAAUCUGAAGGAGGCUUACUACAUCCGCUCAGACCUGGUGGAGCGGGCUUUUCGAGCUAUCGACAGAGCCGACUAUUACCUUGAUGAGCACCGGGACAAUGCUUAUAAGGACUUGGCUUGGCGGCAUGGGAACAUCCACUUGUCUGCUCCGUGUAUCUACUCUGAGGUGAUGGAGGCUUUGGAUCUUCACCCUGGCCUCUCUUUCCUCAACCUCGGCAGUGGGACUGGCUACCUCAGCACCAUGGUGGGCCUCAUACUGG